AUGGAACAUUUAAAAACAUUACGUGUCAAGCGAGGUAGCUUAGAAGCGCGACUAGCAAAUUUUCAGAUAUACGUUGAAAAAUGCAUGACACAAAUCGAUUCAAUAGACGAUAGAGUCUUAAAAAACAGACUUUCAGAUAUUGAAAGUCUAUUCGCGGAAUUUUCGGAGCUUCAGGUAGGCAUUGAAUGCUCGGUGAAAGAAGAAGACUUACAAGGCGAGUAUGACAAGCGCAAGGCAUUUGAAAACGACUUUUAUUCAAUUAUUUCAAAAGCGCAAGGUCUUGUCAAGGAAAAUAGUACAGAUAAUGUAGGUUCAGCUUCGGUUUCCAAUCCAGAAAAUAGCAGAUUCCCUAGCUCAUCAGAAGUACGAUUACCGGCCCUAAAUCUGCCAAUAUAUUCAGGAGAGGCAGUGACAAUUAGAGAAUGGGAACUAAAGGAUUUCAUGAAUGAUACUCCUAAGUUGGAAGCUUUUCUCACAUUUUUGAAACAAAAGUCAAAAAUGCUCAAAAGAAUGGAGGAAAAACCUACAGAGGCAAAUUCAAGCCAAAACGUAAAGGGACAAACUUCUAAACCACCAGCAGAGUCUAGUAAUAAAUCUAAUUCUCAUGUUCACAGAAGUUAUCAUAUCUCAAAUCGUACUUGUGCAUCAUGCGAUGCUCCAAAUCAUAAAAUUUAUACAUGUACAAAGUUUCUAAGGUUUUCUGUGCCUGAACGAACCGAUUUAGUCAAAAAAUCCAAUUUGUGCAUUAACUGUCUAAAUCGGGGGCAUCAAGUAAACAAUUGUAACUUUGGUCAUUGCAAAAACUGUACUGUUAAGCAUCAUUCUCUGUUGCACGUUUCCGAACCUUCUACAUCUAACACCAAUACGCAACAGUCUCUAUUUACAUUUAAUUUAAGUUCAAAACAGGUAAUUCUAUCCACUCUCUUGUUAGAGGUAGUUGAUUCAAAGGGAAAUCGUCAUGAUUGCAGAGCACUUUUAGAUCCAGGGAGCCAGUCUAAUUUCAUUAGUUCACAUUUAUGCCAUAAACUUGCACUACCAAGAAAGCCUACAAAUAUUACGAUUUCAGGGGCAUUCAAGGUGGAAUUCAAAAUUCAGGCUGUUUGUCAAAUUCAAAUUUUGUCUAAAAACACUCCAUUUACUGCUCCUUUAGUCUGUUUGGUAGCUCCAGAAAUAUGCGAUGUUGUACCCGAAGCUCCUAUUGAUCCAGUAUCUCUUUCGAUACCUACAUGUCAUAAAUUAGCAGAUCCUGAUUUUCACAUUCCCAAACAAAUUGAUCUUCUCAUAGGUGCUGAGUUGUUUUGGGAAACAUUAUGCAUAGGACAGAUUCGUCUUAAACCUUCAGGUCCGUUUCUUCAUAAAACUAAGUUUGGUUGGAUAGUUUCAAAGCCCAUCUUUCAGACCGAUCCAGUUCUUCUCCAAGUUAUUCACAAAACUUAA